AUGGCUGCUCCAGCCUUCGAUCGCCGUCGCGUCAAUGGGCCAGAGGAGUCUUUCCCUCCCAUCUUUAUCGACGAUGAACGACUAGAGCCACUAAACUCUGAUAAUAAACGACGAGAUGGACGCGCCUCUGAGGAUCUCAGACCGAUUUUUUUAACAACAGGUCUUGUUUCCCAGGCAAAUGGAUCUGCUUAUAUCGAAACGGGGAACACAAAGAUUGCCUGUGCCGUUUAUGCUCCAAGACAACUAAAAAACACUCAGUAUAGUGAUAUAGGCCGACUCAACGUCGAGGUCAAAUUUGCACCGUUUUCGAGCGUCCGACGGCGUGCGCAUCUACGAGACGUAGAGGACCGGACUAUUGGACAACUGGUUCAUCAGUCACUUUUGCCCGCAAUUCAACUGCACCUCUUUCCCAAAUCAUCCAUCGACGUCUUCAUCACCGUGAUCGAAAACGACGGUCUGGAGGGCUGCGUUGCCUCUGCGUCUAUUGCGGCGAGUACAGCCCUAGCGGAUGCGGGAAUCGAGAUGGACGGCAUGGUCGUCGCUUGCUGCGCGGCACUUUACAAAGAUCGCAUAUGGAUGGAUCCAGUCACGUCGGAGAGGCUGGCAGCCAGAGGAGCUCUACUCCUCGCUGGCAUUCCUGCUCUGGGAACAAUCACGAAUAUAUGGCAGUCGGGAAAUGUGACUACGAAAGAGGCGCUUCAAGUUGAGCAAUUCAUUCUCUAG